AUGUUCACAGGAAUAGGAGUUUUAAGUGCCUUUGAUGAAAAUACUCCUGGAUCCCAAUCACAUAUGGGAGGUCUACUUCAAGCGAGUACUUACAUCGCUGGAAUUUCGGGAGGGCUGUGGGCUGUUAUGGCCAAUUACUUGAAUGGUCACCAGCUGGUUUUAAACACCAUUUCCCAACAAUUGGAAAGUUUCAAUGUGCCCGUUUUACAAGGUAUUUCUGAUAUGGAUGUUUCAGGGUUAAGAACAAAGUUAGACUCAGUGGACACUCGUUCAAAAACAGGUGCACCAGUUUUAACUAGACAAAGACCUAUCUCUUGGAAUGCAACAGCCAAAGCCACCUCGUCAUUGACUUCAUCAUUGUUGAGAGGCUUCUUUUUGGCAAACGAUGAGUCAAAUCGCAAAAGUAACGAUACAGUUGAUCUCAACAAGAUAUUACAGUUUUACAAAGAGUUGACCACCGAAGUUCGUGCGAAACGGUUGGCCAAAUUCUCCAUAUCUUUUGUUGACUAUUGGGGCCGUGCUCUUAUAAGGAAGAUUGUACCGAACUUCAAGAAGCAUGAGGCGCUUACUUUUUCAUCAACGAGAGUUAAGUCUCCAACACAACCAUUUCCUAUCGUGUGUAGUGUGGAAAGGGAUCCUGAUACAUCAGAAGACUUCCGAAGCUCCCACAUCUUUGAGUUCAAUCCAUACGAAUUCGGGUCAUGGGAUAGCUUUCUUCGCCAUUUUGUCGAUUUGGAGUAUCUUGGUACCAAAAUGAAAAAUGGGAAGCCUCACCGAAAUUCCAGCAAUAAAAUCACCUCUGUGUGUGUCAAAGGAUACGACAACGUCGCGUUUGUAACUGGAACAUCGUCAAGUUUGUUCAACACCUUAGUUGAGUAUGUGCAUAAGUUAUUGAUGACCAUGGAUUCCGAGCCAACCAACGUGAUCUCUCUGAUUUUCAAAAUAUUUGGAAUUUCAUUAAUGCCUGAAUCGAAGCGUAUUAUUCAUCCCGAAUACUCGACUGUUUCUCCGAAUCCAUUCUUUGGGUUAGAAGUCAAAGGGAAAGGAAGAUCUUUGUCGAAAGCACAAGUGCUUUACUUGGCUGAUGGUGGCGAUGAUGGACAGAAUAUCCCUUUUCAGCCACUUUUGAUACCUCAUCGUAAAGUCGAUGUCAUAUUCGCUGUAGACUCAACUUCAGAUCUCCUCAACUUCCCUAAUGGAACAUCUUUGAGGAGAACUGCCAAAAGGUACCAAUCAACAAAAUCGGAUCUUUCAAUCCCACUUUUCCAAUUUAAAGAUGUCUACAAGCGCAUUUUCCCCAAAACGCCCUCUGAAAAGGAAUUCGUUUCAAAAAACAUGAAAUCAAAACCUAUCUUCCUUGGCUGCGAAAUUUCCCGAGACUACCCAAACGUUCCAAAGUCAGAGUUUAUCUCGACAACUUCCAUCAGGCAGUUCGAAACUUCCCCAAAUUAUCUUCCUCCUCUUAUUAUUUACACUGCCAAUCACGAUUAUUCGUUCCUAUCAAAUAUGUCCACAUUUAAGGCCACUUAUAAUCAACUGGAAGUGGUAGGAAUGGUGAACAAUGGCUAUAAUGUUGCAACUGGUGGGAACAGCACUGAGUACCUUUCAUGUGUUGCAUGUGCAAUUGUAAAAAGAUCUUCAGACCGUCUAAAUUACUCGUUACCAGCUUACUGUCUGGACUGCUUCAGACUAAUCCAACGAAGAUCAUCAUUCACAAUGUUAGCCAUCCCGCUAUUGCUCACAGCUUUUGUGUUUUUAGACUGGUUCAUAUGGGGAUACUCGCUAUGCUAUGCCAGCGCAUCCAAUAGGUUCAUCGGAAGCCUCAAAUUUGUUGUUUUGCGUCAACUCAAGGAUGAGACUAACUUGAUCUAUUCCACACCAAGAGGUGAGAUUCUAUCCAUAAUUCACUUCUUAUUCAAUGCAUUGAUGAAGGUAAUCUGUGCCGUUCUUACUUUUCCAGCAUGCAUUGCCGAAAGAGGCCGAGUCAUGCCAAUGUUUGUCUUUGUCUUCUUCUGGUCGGCCCUAGUCUACAAUCCAGUUACCUAUUGGUUCUGGAACAGAAGCGGAUGGCUCUCUCCGCAGUUAGACUCCUUACCAGUGCUUGAUUUUGCUGGUGGAAACUGUAUCCAUGUUGUCAGUGGCUUCACUGCGCUUGCAUAUUCAUAUUACUUGGGCCCUAGAAAUACCAAACUUCUUCACAAUUAUCGCAGCUCCAACAACAGCAACAUGAUCAUAGGUAUGUGUUUCAUCGUCUAUGGCUGGUGCGGAUUCAUAACAGGCUGUGACUACAAGUUUUCUACAAUCACCUUCUACAUUAUGACGAAUACUCUUUUGAGUGCUGCCUCCGCAGGUGUCGUCUGGUGUGCUAUUGACUAUUACAACUCUGCAACUCCACUUGAGGGUGAAGAGAUGAACCAGGAUAUUGAGCUUGAAACCUUAGAACCGGAAAACAUAACUAUGUCCACUAAUAGGUCAUUGAACACUACAAAGCAAAAGGAGCCAAGACAAAGAAGGACCUUGUCCAUGAUCUCUUUCAGUUCGGGUGUGAUUUGUGGCCUUGUUGUAUUCACACCAGGUGGAGGAUAUAUCAGCUCAGACAAGAGUUUCUGGAAAAGUGUAGUCUUUGGAAUAAUUGGAGGUGCUACGGGAAACUUGGCGACAGGAUUGAAAUACUAUUUGAAAAUUGAUGACUCACUCGAUAUCUUUGCCAUUCAUGGAAUCUGUGGUAUUGUUGGAUCUUUGCUCGUUGGUAUCUUUGCCGAUUCGUCGUACGAUUCCGAAGGUGGUUGGGUAGCUGGGCAUUGGGUUCAGUUUGGAUACCAGCUUCUUGGAUCUGCGGUCACAUGCGUUUAUGUUUUCGUGAUGAGUCUCUUCUUCUUGUAUGUCAUCGACUUAAUUCCGGGAUUUCAUGUGAGGAUCGAUAUUGAAUUUAAUAUGAGAGCCAGAAAUAACCUUCGGGCUUCUCACCACAACGAUGAACUCGAACAAGACAAGCAAUACGAUAUGAGCUUAGAGAUGGCGGAACUCCGAGGUUCUGACUGGUAUGAAUUCAACGGAGAAUAUUCCAUGGAUUUCAUGGAGUUCAUCACAGUGAUCAACCCAGAGGACUACUCAGACACAGCAACGGAAACCCUAUCAAGAAACGAAUCACUACCUCGCACAAUAGAGUUUGAAGACUUUCAAGUUAUACGGAAACGGGGGGCACCAGUUCAGUAA